AUGACAACAGGCCGUCGCCCGAGGUGGACUAAAAAGGAGUCGCUUUCCCGCGUACCGCCGCCCCGCCACCGCCUGACCCCGGGGGAGGGGGGUGCCCCCGGCGGCCUCCAGUGGCCGCGGGCGCCGGCGUCCCCCGCCCCCGCCCCGCGCGCAAGUGCGAGGCUGCCCGCCGUGCGGCGCACGCUCCGCCGCUCCCGGCUUCCGCGCAAAACUUCCAGCCUGGCCGCGUGA